AUACGAGUCACGAACUUUCUACAACCGUUCUGCCAAGCAACAACAAAAACCCCCGAAUUCGAAACGUUUACGCACUCUCUCUCUCUCUCUACAAAUCAUCUCGUUUGUUUUUAUUUCAGGGACGUUUUCAACCUCUUGAUUCGAUUGCAGAGUCGUCUGAUUGAUCAAUUCUUGCAAGAUGUUUCAACAACCCUUCCGGAAAGCUGACGUGGAAUCGGGAAGCCAGCCACUCUACCCGAUGAUGCUGGAGGCACCGGAGCUCCGGUGGGCCUUCAUUCGCAAGAUUUACUCUAUUGUUUCCCUCCAGUUACUUCUCACCAUCGCCGUCGCAUCCGUCGUCGUUACCUACCGUCCGAUCUCCACUUUCUUCGUCUCCACCACUGCCGGAUUGGCUCUUUACAUCGUGCUCAUCAUCACUCCGUUCAUCGUUUUGUGCCCCUUGUAUUACUAUCACCAGCGUCAUCCGGUGAACUAUUUACUGCUUGGUGUGUUCACUAUCACUCUUGCUUUUGCGAUCGGGUUGACUUGUGCAUUCACCAGUGGGAAGGUCAUUUUGGAAGCUGUCAUUCUAACAACUGUGGUGGUGGUUAGUCUAACUUUGUACACGUUCUGGGCUGCAAGAAGAGGACAUGAUUUCAACUUCUUGGGGCCCUUCUUGUUUGGUGCUAUUAUUGUGCUUAUGGUCUUUUCCUUUAUUCAGAUACUCUUCCCCCUGGGUAAGAUCUCCGUUAUGAUUUAUGGGUGUCUGGCAGCAGUUAUAUUCUGUGGAUAUAUUGUGUACGAUACCGACAACCUGAUCAAGCGCUACUCCUAUGACGAAUACAUCUGGGCUGCUGUAUCACUGUAUCUGGAUAUUAUCAAUCUCUUCCUCGCGCUGCUGACCAUCUUUAGAGCUGCUGAUAACUGAGGAGGUCUUUCUGCUGUUUCUUUUUUUCUUCCCAUUUUGCCUUAUUGGGUCGGAAGCAAACUUGCUUGUAGUACAGAAUGACAAUCUUAUCUAGAUCUGUUACUUGUUCAUAUUGAUUGUAGCUGAUUGAAGGGUUCUUGCCCAAUUUACGCUGAAUGCAAUGAAUUUGCACAUUUGGUACUA